GUGACAACGGAGAUACUGUAGCUAUUUGAGCAAUUCAUUACGAGUAUACGACAACGGACAGCGAAAUCCAGCUCCCUUCCGGCUUCAAUCUCCGGCACCCUGCCGCCUACUCCACGACUUUCUCUGACCGUCGACGUUCCCUGCUUCAAUUCCGAUGGCCAUUGUGAGCUCAACCGCGCCACCGUCUUCAUCAAAAAGCCGAUGGAACCAACUCUUUGUCUACGCAUCUCGCAUCUAUUUCGUCCUCAUCAUCUUUCAGAUUCCUCUUUUCAGGGUUCCAUGUAGAUCUGGUAUGUGCACGACUCCAAUGCAAGUCACAUCUUCCCAGUUGAUUGCCAGUGAUAUAUUUCCUGUUCCAGUUGUCAAGGCCCUCCUGUACCCCGGGGCAACCACAAAUAGCUUAAUCAAGAAUAUGACUGUUCCUAGCUGGGAAAAUCUGCUAAAUAUUUACAACCUAACUAAUAUAAAGGAGGCUUCUGCAGCAACUGACCUACAGCGCUUGGAGGUUCUUGCUGGAAGCUAUUUCUCUGUGGCUGGAGCUUUCAUUGGCAUCAUUAAAGCUGGGAGGAUGAGCAUGUUUGGAACACUACUUAUUAUUUGGGGUCUUGUCAAGGAAGGGAUACUUAACAAACAAGCUAACCCUGAUCCUACAAGAACGGUGUUUGUCUAUCCAACAAUGUUGAUAGCCUUGGUCUGUGCAUUCCUGUCUGUGAAGUAUGACGUAAAGAGGGUUAUGCGAGGUGGACCAGCAAGACCGAUGGCAAAGCCAAUGCAGAGAUCUUCAAAAAACAAGCUGAAUUGAGUCUACUGGUACUGAUGCUUUCUAGUUUCUACCACACACAAAUAGCACUCCUCUCCACCAUUGUCAAGCUUCGUCUUUUAACUGCCUGUGUGCCUUGUGAUACGGUUUCAUAUAUUCAAGAAACCUGAUCAAACAUCUUGUUCAAUUUCAUGCAGUCAUCAUCGAAAACUUGAUUGCAUGUGGAGAGUUCAUGUGAAAAGCAUGAAACUGCUGCUGUGAACUUCGAACUAAGUUUUUUUUUUUUUUUUUUUUUUUUUUUUUUUUUUUUUUUUUUUCUUUUUCUUUUUGCUACGUGGUCAAAGAAAACAAUGAGCUGUUUCUGUUAUUUUAUGGUUUUGGGAAGUUCACUGUGCUAUUCCACUAGUUUUA